AUGGACGCCAACACCACUGAGCUCAUAGACAAUCUUUCCCUCGAUUUGUGGGAUGAUGCUUCGAGCGAAGCUUUCGAGUCCGAUUCAGAACCUGAAUCAGACUGGGAGAUGGGGCCGGAGCUGCUUCAUGUUUUCAAGACAUCCCUCAAGCUGCCGCUCAAUAAAUCAGAUAAGGCAGCAAAGAUUGCCAACGGGAUUCGACAAUAUUUUGCUGCACUGACUAAAGAAAGGGCCGGCUGUCUUUCAUUCGACCUGUGGUCCGUACUUGAUAAAAUCACGUCCCAGAUUCCCCACGACAGCGAGCUCCAUGAUGUCCUUGCCGAUGCCUUCAAGAUAAUAGAGCAAGAAGGCGGUCCGGUAUGGUUGGACGCAGACGGCAAAUCCCCGUUCCUGUGGUCUUGGGAUCAACUACCGGGCCUGGGGAUUUACACUAGAGAGUUUUUCGACACACCGCAAAACGACUGGUCUAGCAGUCAGAUGGCGCAAAGGCGAAACUAUGGCAGUUUUCUGGCCAGUUUGGAGAAAAGAAACAUUGUUGGCAGCCUCAUGACCGUCUGGGAGUUUCUGGAGGCUUUGGAGGGUGGAAAGGGACCCUCGAAAGAAGGCAACGAGGCCCUCCGAGGACCUGCUAUGCAGACCAAUCUUUGUAUGGUGCGAGACAGGAUCGUGAUUUCCGGACAGGAGAUCUUCAACCACCUUCGGCAUAUGGCUGCGCAAGACGCCCCUGAGUACAUGAUCAUCCCCUACCAGCCUGGUGUAUUGUGCGACGGGCAGACAAACUCUUACUUCAGCCUUAGCCGGUGGCUGUUCUGGAAGCAAAGGCUCAGUCAAAUCCGCGACGAGCAACUGAAUGAGCUUGGUCUGGUUGAGGAUGAGGUAGUACCCAUCAUUAAUGAAACACUCGACAGGAUGGAGGCCAUCGAGAGCGGUGCCGGUCCUAUCGAAGGCGACAACUGGCCAAAGUUGCUGGACCACAACAAGGAUGACGCUAAAAACGACGGCAAGCAGAAGAGAGAUGUGGAAGGAAAGCAAGACAACGAAAAGAAUGUAAGGUUCGAGGAAGAGACGCACGCCGACCAGAAAGCUGUGAGCGGAGGCUGGUUCUUCAGUUGCGUCGUUUCUUGA